AUGGGUGGAGUGGACCCGUCUGUGCUGAAGGACCUUCCCCCUGAGCUGCUGGCUGAGAUUGAGUCCACCAUGCCCCUGUGUGAGAGAGUGAAGAUGAAUAAACGCAAACGCAGCACGGCGAACGAGCGGCCACGGUACGCUGAGGAGAGCUCGGACGACGAGGAGCUGAGGAACGCUGACUCGACGCGUAAGCGGCAGAAGAAGGAUCGUGACCGAACGUGGGAGUUCGAAGAGAGAGAUAGGCGGAGCUCCGGAGACCAUCGGCGAGUCCACGAAGGCCGCAGGGGGAGAGGCGCUCGCUAUGACGACUCUGAGGAAGACUCGCCCCCGCCCAGCCUCAGUGACGUGGCGCGGAGUCUGAGGAAGAAGGAGAAGGAGAAGAAGAGGAAAGCAUAUGAGCCCAAACUCACAGCUGAGGAAAUGAUGGAUUCCUCCACCUUCAAAAGGUUCUGCGCCAGCAUAGACAGCAUAUUAGAGAACCUGGAGGACGUGGACUUCACCGCUCAGGAUGAUGAUGAGAUUCCUCAGGAGCUGUUGCUGGGGAAGCACCAGCUGAGCGAGCUGGGCAGUGAGUCAGCGAAGAUAAAGGCCAUGGGCAUCGCAGACAGGAUUCCCACUGAUAAGCUGGUGAAGCUGUUGAACAUCCUGGAGAAGAACAUUCUGGAUGGAGCCAAUCUCUCCACACUCAUGAGCCCUGAGAAUGAAGGUGAAGAUGAGGAGCGUCUAUGGCGAGAUCUGAUUAUGGAGCGUGUGACGAAGUCUGCAGAUGCGUGUCUGACGGCGUUGAACGUGAUGACGUCUCCUCACAUGCCCAAAGCCGUGUACAUCGAGGACGUGAUUGAGAGACUGCUUCAGUUCACUAAGUUCCACCUGCAGAACACGCUGUACCCUCAGUACGACCCCGUCUACCGCAUAGACCCUAAAGGAGGCUCCAUGCUGAGCUCGAAGGCUAAGCGUGCUAAGUGCUCCACUACUAAGCAGAGGGUGAUCAUCAUGCUGUAUAAUAAAGUGUGUGACGUGGUCAGUAACAUCUCAGAGCUCUUAGAGAUCCAGCUGAUGACUGACACCACCAUCCUGCAGGUGUCGUCUAUGGGGAUCACUCCGUUCUUCGUGGAGAACGUGAGCGAGCUGCAGCUGUGUGCUAUCAGGCUGGUGACGGCGGUGUUUUCUCGCUAUGAAAAACACAGGCAGUUAAUUCUGGAGGAGAUUUUCACCUCUCUGGCCCGACUGCCCACCAGCAAGCGCAGCCUCAGGAACUUCAGGCUGAACAGCAGUGAUGACGAAGGAGAGCCGGUGUACAUUCAGAUGGUGAGCGCUCUGGUUCUCCAGCUCAUCCAGUGUGUGGUGCACCUCCCCUCCGACAGAGACCUCACAGAGGAGGACCACAAGAAGGUGGAUGAGGACGUGCUGAUCACGAACUCGUACGAGACGGCUCGGCGGACGGCUCAGAACUUUCUCUCCGUCUUCCUGAAAAAGUGUGGCAGUAAGCAGGGCGAGGAGGACUACAGGCCGCUGUUUGAGAACUUUGUGCAGGAUCUUCUGUCUACAGUGAACAAACCGGAGUGGCCUGCGUCUGAACUGCUGCUCAGUCUGCUGGGGAGAUUACUGGUGCACCAGUUCAGUAAUAAGCAGACGGAGAUGGCCCUCAGGGUGGCCUCUCUGGACUACCUGGGCACUGUAGCAGCUCGGCUCAGGAAGGACUCGGUCACCAGCAGGAUGGACCAGAAAGCCAUCGACCGGAUAAUACGAGAGAGCUCAGGGAACGACGAAACUCAGCAGCUUCAGAAAGCUCUGCUGGACUACAUAGACGAGAACACAGAGACCGACCCCGCCAUAUUAUUUGCGCGUAAGUUCUACGUCGCGCAGUGGUUCAGGGACUGCACUACGGAGUGUGAGAAGGCCAUGAGGAGUCAGAAUCAGAAGCAGGACGACUCCGACGGUGGGCAGCACGCCAAAGAGCUCAGAGACACUCGGGACAUCAUGCAGCGAGCCGAGGCACGCAAAAAAUUCCUCCACUCCGUCAUCAAGUCCUCCACCAACCAGUUUACAACACUCAGGAUGAAUUCAGACACUGUGGACUACGACGACGCCUGCCUUAUUGUACGCUACCUGGCCUCCACCAGACCCUUCUCCCAAAGCUUCGACAUCUACCUGACCCAGAUCCUGAGGGUUCUGGGAGAGAGUGCGAUUGCGGUCAGGACCAAAGCGAUGAAGUGUCUGUCUGAGGUGGUGGCUGUGGACCCCAGUAUUCUGGCCAGGUCGGAUAUGCAGCGUGGGGUCCACGGGCGGCUGAUGGAUAACUCCACCAGUGUGCGGGAGGCAGCGGUGGAGCUGCUGGGCAGAUUUGUGCUGAGUCGGCCUCAGCUUACAGAGCAGUACUACGACAUGCUCAUCGAGAGGAUACUGGACACGGGCAUCAGUGUGCGUAAGCGUGUGAUAAAGAUCCUGAGGGAUAUCUGUCUGGAGCAGCCAGGAUUCAGCAGGAUCACUGAGAUGUGUGUGAAGAUGAUCCGCCGAGUCAACGACGAGGAGGGAAUCAAAAAACUAGUGAACGAGACGUUCCAGAAGCUGUGGUUCACCCCGACGCCCAGUCACGACAAAGAGACCAUGAACAGGAAGAUCAUCAACAUCACUGAUGUGGUGGCGGCCUGUCGGGACUCUGGCUAUGACUGGUUCGAGCAGCUCCUGCAGAACUUGCUGAAGUCGGAGGAGGAUUCCUCCUACAAGCCCACGAGGAAGGCCUGUGUGCAGCUGGUGGACAGUCUGGUGGAGUACAUCCUCAAACACGAGGAGGCUCUGGCAGAGCAUAAGAGCGUGAACUCGACUCGCCUGGUGGCCUGCAUCACCACCCUGUACCUGUUCAGCAAGAUCAGAGCUCAGCUGAUGGUCAAACACGCGAUGACCAUGCAACCCUACCUCACCACCAAGUGCAGCUCUCAGAGUGACUUCAUGGUGAUCUGUAACGUAGCUAAGAUCCUGGAGCUGGUGGUUCCUCUGAUGGAGCAUCCGAGUGAAAGUUUCCUCACCACCAUCGAGGAGGACCUGAUGAAGCUCAUCCUCAAAUACGGCAUGACUGUGGUUCAGCACUGUGUCAGCUGUCUGGGCGCUGUGGUAAAUAAAGUAACCCAUAAUUAUAAGUUUGUGUGGGCGUGUUUUAACCGUUACUAUGGCGCCCUGACGAAGCUGAAGGUGCAGCACCAGGAGGGCAGCAGCAGUUUGGCUCAGGCGGCCACCAAAGCCGCGCUGCUGCGCUCGCUCUUCACCGUGGGGGCGCUGUGCCGGCACUUCGACUUCGACCUGGAGCAGUUCAAAGGCACCACCAAGAUUGAGAUUAAGGAGAAAGUCCUGGAGCUUCUGCUGUACUUCACCAACCAUGAAGACGAGGAGGUGAAGUGUAAAGCCAUCAUCGGUCUGGGUUUCAUGUUCAUAAUGCACCCCAGUCAGAUGUUUGUUCCGGAGGUGAAGACUCUGUAUAACGGCCUGCUGUCUGAACCUAAGAGCUCCAUCACCCUGAAGAUCCAGGUGCUGAAGAACCUGCAGAUGUACCUUCAGGAGGAGGACUCCCGCAUGCAGGAGGCAGACCGAGAGUGGCAGAAGCUGUCGAAGCAGGAGGACCUGAAGGAGAUGGGCGAUAUCUCCUCAGGAAUGAGCAGCUCCAUCAUGCAGCUCUACCUGAAGCAGGUGCUGGAGGCCUUCUUUCACACACAGUCCAGCGUCCGGCACUUCGCCCUCAACGUCAUCGCCCUGACGCUCAGCCAGGGGCUCAUACACCCUGUACAGUGUGUGCCGUACCUGGUCGCCAUGGGAACAGACCCUGAACCCACCAUGAGGAAUAAAGCCGACCAGCAGCUGGUGGAGAUCGACAAGAAGUACACGGGCUUCAUCCAUAUGAAGGCCGUGGCAGGGAUGAAGAUGGCGUACCAGGUGCAGCAGGCCGUGAUCGGUUCCUCUGGUUCCAUCAUCCGCGGGUUCCGGAAGGAUGAGUCCAACACGGCGCUGUGUUCUCACCUGUACAGCAUGGUGCGCAACAGCAGGAACCAGCGCAGAGCCUUCCUCGUCUCUCUGCUCAACCUGUUCGACGACAGCUCGAAGCUGGAGGUGAGCAUGCUGCUGUUCGUGGCUGAUAACCUGGCCUACUUCCCGUAUCAGACUCAGGAGGAGCCGCUCUUCAUCAUGCACCACAUCGACAUCAUGCUGUCUGUGUCCGGCAGCAACCUGCUGCAGACCUUUAAGGAGUCUUUAGUGAGACCACCGGGCCGGCCCCCCCGGAAACAGCGUCCGAGGGCGAGAGUGAGGAGGGAGAGAGAGGAGGAGGAGGAGAGGAGAGAGGAGGGCAGCGAGGAGGAGCGAAGCGAGGGAGAGCAGGAGGAGGAGGAGGAGGACCGAUUGAUGAAGGUCCAGGAGGCGGAGUCAGAGUCAGACUCUGACCUGGAGAAUGCUGAUGCGGUGAUUGAGCGUCUCCCUGACGACGCCGCGCCCCUGCUGGACUUCGCCCGCGCCUCACAGGGCAUCCUCCUCCUGCUGGUGCUCAAACAGCACCUCAAGAACCUCUACGGCUUCUCCGACGGUAAAAUCCAGAAGUACUCCCCCUCGGAGUCGGCCAAAGUGUACGAUAAAGCCGUCAACAGGAAGUCCAAUGUGCACUUCAGCCCUCGCCAGACAAUCGACUUCCUGUCCAACAGCGAUGUCCGCAGUGAGCUGACCGAGCAGCUGAAGAGGAAGAUCGUCAAGCAGUACCUGGAUUUUAAGCUGCUGAUGGAGCACCUGGAUCCUGAUGAAGAGGAGGAGGAAGGUGAGACGAGUGCUGCCGUCAGAAACAAAGCCAUCACCGCCCUGCUGGGGGUGCCGGGAGGAGGCAGCCCCCGGAACCACCACACGCCCGACUCCGAGGAGGACGACAGUGAGGGGGACGACAGGACGCCAGGGGCGAGUCGGCGCGGGAGGAGAGCCGCAGACAGCGCAGACACUCUGCAGGCCAACCUAAACGAAUCGGUCAGCGCGCUGGACAUCAUAGCCAUCCACUGUCCACGGUACAGGGACCGCCCCCAGCUGGCCAGGGUCAUCCAGCGCAUCUCUGAGGGCUACAGCGUCCAGUGGAUGGCCGGCUCGUACUCCAGCCCCUGGUCCGAGGCCAAGCGCAGAGACGGACGCAAGCUGGUGCCGUGGAUGGAAACCAUCCGCGAAUCAGACAUCGUCUACAAAAAAAUCACACUGACCAGCGGCAACAAGAUCAGCCACAAACUGGCCCAGACACUGCGGGGCAUUUACGCCAACAGAGACCGGAACUCCAGCUAAUCCGCACAGACCACCACAUCACACACACACACACACACACACACACACACACACACACACACACACACACAUUAACAACAGAGACGCACCGGAAUCUCAGUCACCCAAAGCUUGUGGCCCAAAACAGUCAAAAAUGGCACUUUUGGUUUUCGGCCUAAAGAGAUAAACAGCCAAGAAGUUUGACUGAAGAAACCAAAACACAGAACACAACAGACAGCGACCUGCUCUGGAUCCUCGUUCCGCUCCUCAGGGGCAAAUAAUGCCCUCAUGUCCAAAAUCCUCCAUAAUUAAACAGUUAAGAUGUAAACAGACUCAUUUAGAGUCGUUCAGAGUCAUUCAGAGUGGUUUGGUGUGAAACGCUCUGUUCUAGAUAAACUUACCGAGUCAGAACUGUUCACAGUGGUGGUGAUGGGAACCAGACGUCCACCUCUAAAAGCUCCCUCACAGAAAGUUCCUACAGUAAAUGGUUAUGAAUUCACUGCCUGAUGACUGAGACACUGUUUUAUGAUAGUUUAGAGAACUUAAACUCCAUUCAUGGUGGAGGGAUACAUGCAGGGCGCUGUGAGGCAAAAUAGUCCCCAAAGAAAACUUAAUAUUUCAGAUUUUCCACUAUUUUCAUCAUCAACAUUCAUAUAAACUCAGAAGACUCGUGUAGGUUCACUGGUGGUUCUGGAUAGGAAAUAAAAUGUCUAUAUCUGUGUUGUAGUCAUGGCGACCCCUGGUUCCUAUCAGCACCACUGUAAAGACACCUGAACCAUUUCACACCAAACUGCUCUGAAUGUCUGUUCUGAGUUUUGGGGCUGUUUUAGGUUUUGGGCCCAGACUGGCUGCUGGUGUCGGUGCGUCUCUGUCCCGUUCAGGUUUGUGUCUGAGUUUAAUCAGGACCAGACUGAUCUCUGUCCGCUCACACACACUGCGCUGUGUUACACUACACACUCCUCCCCAUGCUGUGUGUGUGUGUGUGUGUGUGUGUGUGUGUGUGUGUGUGUGUGUGUGUGUGUGUGUGUGAGGCGCUGGUGACUGAAAUGGUGAAACAUUUGUACGGGUGCUUUUUCGCUGCUGUGCAGCAGAACUCCCUUUGCUUUGAUUUCUACUCCCUCUGUAUCAUAGUUUAACAUAAAAAUAUUGUUUAUAUCUAUAAAAGAAAUUUAAAUAUUUACUGAAUGUUGAAGAAAAAUUAGUUUGUUGAUGUUUUUACAUUUUUUCCUUUCUUUCUUAGCGCCAGAAGGCUUUCUUAUAGUUUGGCUCUUCCUCUGAACGGCGGAUGAUUCUUCUCUCUGUGGAGCUGUUUGUCCGUUUUUUGUACGAUAGCAGGGUGUGGAUGUAAUUUAUUGUGUAAAGCAUGCAGUAUGGAGCCCGGGGCAGCGGCCGCGCGCGAUUGGCUGGAACGGCGGGUCCACUGAUGGAAUAAAUACUGCAAUAAAUUUUCUACUUCUCUUAACUGA